UGGGAUAGAAAAAGAUAGAUAUAAGUAUAUUUGUGUCCUUUCCUAUUUCAUGCAUCACGUUCGAGAAUCUAUUCUUGAGGCUUGAUGAUUAGAAGUUCCAUUCUGCUUGGGCCUAAUGAUAUUGUAGUGUUGACUGUGACAAUGACAUUUAAAUUGAAAAAGAGCUAUAGUUUUGUGUUCCACAAGGUCAAAAUUUAAAUGUCCACUUUUUAAGUGCAACAAUUUAUUAGUUUUACGUGCUACCAAAGUAGAGAAAAAGUUGUUUUUAUAUUUUAGAAGAAAUAUUUAUGAAUUAGUACUUGAUUUGAAAUUCAUCAACUAAUUUGAAAGGGAUAAACAUAGCAUGCCAAGUUCCUCCAGCCGUGGCUCAGGACAAUUAUAGAUUUGGCUGGAUCGCAAACAGUUGACCCAUUGGUUCUUAAUAAGUGAUCUUUUUCGUUAAAAAAAAGUCAGGAAGUAUGGAAGGUCAAAAGUAUUGCUUACGCUGGCAUAACUUCCAAAACACACUAUUGAGUUCUUUACCAAAGUUAUUGGACGGAGGUCUUCUUACUGACGUCACCUUAAGUGCUGGUGGCAGACACAUUCAUGCUCACAGGAUAAUUCUUUCAGCUUGUAGUUUUUACUUCAAAGAAUUGUUUAAAGACUUGAAUGCUUCUCAGCAUCCCGUUAUUGUUUUACCAGGCAUGGAAUAUUCAAAUUUAUGUGCAUUAGUCACAUUUAUGUAUAAUGGAGAAGUAAACAUAUAUCAGGAACAGUUACCUGCACUUUUGGCAAUGGCAGACACUUUGCACAUUCGUGGAUUGGCAGAUAUUACAGGGAUAAAUUCAACUUACGACAAUGGAAUGAUCGUCGAUCCAUCUCAAGAUAAAGAUGCGACUAAUACGACAAUAAAAACAGAAGUAAAAGACAGUAAUCUAAAUUCAGAAAUGGAAUCUGUAUCUAGCAAUUAUGCUGUGGACAGCAUAGAAGGAGAGUUGUCAAACGAUUUGGAUAGUAUGUCAUAUAGUGUAAAAACGAAGCCUUAUUAUUCUAUAAAUGCAAAACUGAACCAAAGGGAAAAGAAGCCUGUGAUUGGAAGUAUUACUCCUAUUAAAUCUAUUGAGACUAAUUAUAAGACAAAUGUAAUUGAAGAAUCGUCUCUACUUGUUGAUGAUUCAAAUGCAAUUGAAGAUAAUUCAAAGCUGCUUCCAACUUUAGAUACAAAUUUAAAAUUCAUCUCUGGAUCACUAUCUAACAGAACCUCACAAACUUGCAACAAAACUAGUGUAACUUGCCUAGUUUGUGGAAAACAAUUGAGCAAUCAGUAUAAUCUAAGAGUCCACAUGGAAACGCAUAGUAAUAGUUCUUACAGUUGUGCAGCUUGCUCUCAUGUAUCACGCUCUCGCGAUGCUCUUAGAAAACAUGUUUCAUACAGACAUCCAGUAACAUCACCGCAGAAACGUUCAAGAUAUUCUUCAAAAUCAUGAGUUGAAUUUCACUGAAAAUUUUAAUUAUUAUUUAUGUACAAUAAUAAGCUGUAUAUUAAACAUUAUACACAGAAAUAAUUUAGUUUUGAAGAAUAGAAUUAAAUAAGAAGAGAGAAAGAGAAAAAGAGAGAGAGAGAGUAUGCGAAUGUGUCAAAACUUUCAAUGUUUAAAUGAUUACUGUUUUCUUGUUAUCGUUAAAUUGUUUUAAUAAAGACAUUUUAGAAUUUAAA